AUGGAGUUUCUUGGUCACAUUUUUGUACAAAAAAAGAAUUCCACCCCUCCUAAAGAUGUACAAGUGAAAGCUCAGAACAUCUGGACAUGUGGAGAUAACAAAAUCAUGAAACUCUACACCCUCUAGGGCAAACUACUAAAGUAAAUCAAAACCAAGUCAGGGAAGAGACCACGUGGCAUAGCAGUGACAAGGAGUGGAGAUCUGGUUUAUAGCGACCCUGAAACAAGAAUUGUAAACAUUGUGAAGAAUGACCGUAUACAGAAAGUGAACAGACUACAGGUAUGGAAACCUUACAAUGUGUGUAGUUCCUCUUCUUGUGACCUCCUAGUUACCAUGGUCAGUGAUAAUGAUAAACAAUCAAAAGUUGUCCGUUACACUGGCUCUACGGAGAAACAAACCAUUCGGUUUGAUAGUGAAGGUAAACCUCUGUAUUCAUCUGAUGACCUCAAAUACAUCAGUGAGAACAGGAACCUGGAUAUCUGUGUGGCUGACUAUGGAGCCGAAGCAGUAGUGGUGGUUAAUCAGGCAGGAAGACUCCGAUUUAGAUACACUGGUCAUCCUACUACUACCAAGAGAUCGUUUUAUCUAUGCGGCAUCACAACAGACAGCCAGAGUCAUAUCUUAACAGUAGACUGUUUCAACAACUGUAUCCACAUCCUAGAUCAGGAUGGACAGUUUCUCCGUUGCAUUGAUAACUGUGACCUAUGGCGUCCAUAUAGUUUAUGCAUAGAUACCAUAGACAAUUUCUUUGUAGGUGACUGGGGCAGUGGUAAAUUGAAGAUAAUCAAAUACAUGUAA